CAGUUCGUUCUAAGACACGGGAACUAAACCCAGAUUUUCCCUUUUCCAAAUUCUAAUUUCAUACAUUUUUUAUCCACAAAAACAAUGGAAAAAUAGAGCUUUGUCUCUUCCAAUUCGUUAAAAAUCGCAACUUUUUUCCUUUUGUUAAAAAAGUGAAGCAAUGAACGCCAGCCGUCCGGCGGUGCACCCGGUGGAGGCUCCACCGCUGGCGGAGGCUGCAGUGCGUGGUCCUAGAGUGAGGAUGAAGGACGUCCAAGGCAUGCCUGGAACUAAAGGUGGCCUUUUCCUUCGUCUUUCUCAGUUCAGCUUCGCCGUCAUUUCCGUCUCUGUAAUGGCCACAGCCAGUGAUUUCCGCUCCGCCACUGCUUUUAGCUACCUCGUUCUUGCUGUUGGCUUGCAAAGUUUGUGGAGCUUGUCUCUUGCAUUUGUUGAUAUUUACGCUCUUUUGGUGAAACGAAGCCUGCGGAACUACAAAGCAACCUGUUUGUUCACCAUUGGUGAUGGGAUCACGUCGACCCUUACAUUUGCUGCAGCUUGUUCAUCUGCUGGGAUUACAGUGCUGAUCGGAAACGAUCUCGACAGGUGUGCUUUUAACCACUGCACCAGGUUUGAGACUGCUACAGCAAUGGCUUUCAUCAGCUGGUUCGCGAUUUCGCCAUCGUUUCUAAUGAAUUUCUGGUCAUUGGCAUCCCAGUGAUGAAUUUAUGGAGUUUGUACUCUUCGGUUACAGCCUUGUGCAGCCUUUUCCAAAUCUGUUGUAUUGUCAAUUGCAGCAGGCAGUGUAUAUAAAAGAGUUUUGCUAUUAUUUUGUUUUCCGACUUGGAAAGUGCAAUAUAUCCUUGAGGGAAAGCAACCAUUAAAUUAUAAAUUACUUGCUUUUCCCCCAUUUCUCUCAACCUAGUAGUGUCUUAUAGGCUCUUAUAAUACGAUUACUGUUUAAGCAUUGGAUGUUUUUAUGAGACU